UUUCUACCUCCAUCUUCCUUUGCCACAAAAUGGGUGGCUGAGAGGAGGAAUUGGGGCGAGUUCACCUGUGGCGAGGCAGGCCGAUCUUGCCGGCUCCCGUGACAUUGCUGGACCUCCUUGGAAAGGGAUGUGAAGAUGGUACAUUUGCUAUGUGGGAAAAGGGACCAUAAAGAGACAGAUGGGGUGCAGGACCUAGUGCUAAGGUAUUCCGAUAACGGCUCUUCUCUGCUGCUUUCCUUCAUACUGAAAACUCAACGUCUGUCCGUGUAACUUAGUCGCCAAUUAAAUUUUCUGAGUAUUUUGGAAAAUCAUGGGGAUUGGCAAAAACACUACUUCGAAAUCUGUAGAAACUGGAAACCCAGCAGAGGCCAGAUAUGAGGAUGAAGCCAAGCACACUGCUUUUUUUACGUUGCCAGUUGUAAUAAGUGGAGGAGCAACUUCAAGUGGCGAUCAAGAUACAGAAGACACAGAACUCAUGGCAAUCUAUACGACAGAAAAUGGAAUUGCAGAAAAGAGUUCUCUGGCAGAAACCCUUGACAGCAGUGGAAACUCAGACGCACAAAGAACAGACAUGAUCUACACAAUUGAGGAUGUUCCGCCCUGGUAUCUCUGCAUAUUCUUGGGGUUACAGCACUACCUGACCUGUUUCAGUGGCACUAUAGCAGUGCCCUUCUUGCUAGCAGAGGCCAUGUGUGUUGGAUUUGAUCAGUGGGCCACCAGCCAGUUGAUCGGGACCAUAUUUUUCUGUGUUGGAAUCACAACUUUGUUGCAAACAACGUUUGGAUGCAGGUUACCCUUGUUUCAGGCCAGUGCUUUUGCGUUCUUGGCUCCCGCUAGAGCCAUCCUCUCUCUGGACAAAUGGAAGUGUAAUAACACAGCUGUAAUGGCUACAAAUGGAACUUCGGAGCUGCUGCACACAGAACAUAUCUGGUACCCCAGAAUACGAGAGAUCCAAGGUGCUAUUAUCAUGUCUUCUUUGAUAGAAGUGGUGAUUGGAUUCCUGGGCCUGCCCGGAGCACUCUUGCGAUACAUUGGCCCUCUGACUAUUACACCCACGGUAGCUCUCAUUGGGCUCUCUGGGUUCCAGGCUGCAGGGGAGAGAGCAGGCAAACACUGGGGCAUAGCCAUGCUGACUAUUUUCUUAGUGCUGUUGUUUUCUCAGUAUGCCCGAAAUGUCAAAUUCCCAUUACCCAUUUACAAGUCCAAAAAAGGAUGGACUGCAUAUCGUUUGCAGCUUUUUAAAAUGUUUCCUAUCAUUCUAGCUAUUCUGGUUUCUUGGCUGCUGUGUUUCAUCUUUACUGUGACAGACGUGUUUCCGCCUGAUAACACUAAGUAUGGAUUCUACGCUCGCACGGAUGCCAGGCAAGGGGUUCUCCUAGUAGCUCCAUGGUUCAAGAUUCCAUAUCCCUUUCAGUGGGGAUUGCCGACUGUUUCAGCUGCUGGUGUGAUUGGGAUGCUCAGUGCUGUAGUUGCUAGUAUUAUUGAAUCCAUUGGUGAUUAUUACGCCUGUGCAAGGCUAUCUUGUGCUCCUCCACCACCCAUCCAUGCAAUAAACAGGGGCAUUUUCAUAGAAGGCCUUUCCUGUGUGUUAGAUGGAGUGUUUGGCACUGGAAAUGGAUCCACUUCUUCUAGUCCUAACAUUGGAGUUUUGGGAAUUACAAAGGUUGGAAGUCGACGGGUUAUUCAGUACGGGGCUGCUUUCAUGCUGCUACUUGGAACAGUUGGCAAAUUCAGUGCGCUGUUUGCUUCUCUUCCAGAUCCAGUGCUUGGAGCUCUGUUUUGUACUCUCUUUGGGAUGAUCACUGCAGUUGGACUUUCAAACCUGCAAUUCGUUGAUCUGAAUUCUUCACGUAACCUUUUUGUUCUUGGAUUUUCUAUCUUCUUUGGGCUGGUGCUCCCAAGUUAUCUUCGGCAAAACCCACUUUUUACAGGAAUCGACAGCAUUGAUCAAGUCCUAAAUGUCUUGCUGACUACUGCUAUGUUUGUUGGUGGCUGUGUAGCGUUUAUUUUAGAUAACACCAUUCCAGGAAGCCCGGAGGAAAGAGGAAUCCGGAAGUGGAAGAAGGGAGCAGGCAAGGGCGGCAAAUCCCUCGAAGGCCUAGAAAGCUACGACUUACCUUUCGGCAUGGAAAUUGUCAGGAAGUACAAGUGCUUCAGCUUCCUGCCCAUCAGCCCCACCUUCCUGGGCUACAGCUGGAAAGGCUUCAGGAAAAGCAGUAACUGCGGGACUUCAGAGGAUGACUCGGAGGCCGCUGUAUAGCCCUGGCCGGACCUCGGUCUCCCGGCCGUAGUAACAGCCCCCUGUGCAGUUUCUUGCUAUUUUACUGUGUUGUAUCGUAUCAUAUUGUAUUUUUAUUUUUAUUUUAUUUUGUAUAUUUGCAUUUUAAAUUCUGGACCUAGAGCUGAGGCAGGUGAUAAAAAAUAGCUUUCCCUGUUGUGGACGGUGAUAGCAAUCUAUAAUGUCUCUCUACAGUUACAUGGUAUUUGUGUGGGCAUUCAGAAAAAAAAAAAAAACCUUUGGGGAUUAGAUGCUUUUCUAUUAGGCAAAACAACUUUCCUUUAGAAACAAUCCCCGAUAAGAUGGUUAAAUAGCACCUACGUAGCAGCACUCAGACGGCUGAAUUUAUCCUGUUUACAGGUUCUACAUUCCAUUUAUUUUUAAGCCUGCAUCAUCUUAACCCAAGCCCUGAAUAAGUCAUUGGUAUUAUUUAUAUAAACUGUUGCAGCGGGGCCUAUUACUUUAAAUCAGGACUGCUAGGGGGGUAUUUCCAGAGCGGGGGGUGGGGGGCAGCCGGGCAGAAUUUGCUCCCUGACCAGCUAGAAGGUUGCAGGCGAUGCUCCUGAAACAUUGCAAGCCUCAGAAGAAAGGGACUCUGGGCCCCACUCAGUCCCUUCACGUUAUAUUUUGACAAUGGGGGGAGGAAAUGUCACCCCUUUUUCGAUCUUCCCCUUCUAUUGCAGCACAAAAAUUCAAAAUCGGAAUAACUGAAAUCUUGUUGGCUGGUCUCAGAGCGUGGCUGUCUGUUCAAAACUUUGGAAGUUGGAAUUAUUUUGCUAUGCCACCCGCUCCCAUUUUUAAACCAAGCAGCGCUUUCAAUGUUUUCCGGUUGUGACUGCAGUGGAUAAUGGAGGCUUUGCAGUAACCCUCGUGAAGAGGGUUCCUGCUCCUGGUGCGCCUGGGGGGCUGGAGAAGGAGCAAAGGGGCCGGGCGUUCAAAGGGUGGCUGCCAUCAGGCUGGGUUUUUUUACACUGACAAGAGUGCCCAGGCAGUAAGGCUGCACAGCACAUCAAGUUUGAUUCCCUAAAAUCGUUUUGGGGUGCAGAGGGGCAGCCCCGUGGUUGUAACGCAAGCGCCUUUGUUCCCUGGGAUGGCGUGGCUGCUGCAGAGGGCAGGUGGGCUCACGUUCCCAACUCUUGGGUGCUCUGGAACCCUUUUUUUGGCCUUGCUACUGAAAUGCCUCACCGUUUUAUUCAGAGAUUCAUUGCCUAUGGUACAAGUCGGUUUUAUACAAUAAUAAUAUUUAUUAAGUGCAUGAGUUGAAGUAAAACAGUCACUUUGUCUCCAGGCCUCUCCAUUUUCAGACGUUUUUGCCAGCCCGCAAAGCAAGCAGCAGUUAAUAUUGCCUUUCCCGUGUUCUUUUUCCAAAUGGGUCCCUUGCAAGGAGCGGAGAGACGCUAUGCAUGGCGUUGCUGUCUGUCAAAUAGUUUUCACGGGUAUUGGGGUGCCUCUGUGGGCCCCCUUCAGCCUCUUCAUGCUGUGUUUUUUCCCCUGAAUUGAUCUUGGCUCUAAUAUUGUGCAGUUGUUGAAACCAUUGUAAGAAUUUAUUCCUAUUUAAUGUUCUCACUAUGACAGCUUAGUUUGUAGAUACAGGUGAGUUAGCUUUUCUUGCUCUUUCCCCACCAAAGGUAGCCCCCCAAUUGUUCCUUUUUUAAGAAAAAGAAAAGAAAAGAAAAAAAAAGUUGUGGGAAGAUUUGUCAGAGAGGCAUUGCAGUAUAUGAUGGCCAGUACGCUCUGAUCUGCUGCUCACGAAUGUUAUUGUGUCGAUAGCCAAUUCUGCAGAUGGUUGGUUGGUUGCCCAAGGAUGGCUAGUAGAGAGGAGGCCCAAGCAGCGUCCAAAGGACGUAAGGAGCUUGAAGGAUGCAGAACAGAAACAGGUCAGUGGAUGGUAGCCAUUUCCUGUCAUUUCCCACGAGGAGCAUUUAUUUUCUCUGAUAUUUUCUUUGAGAGCUUUCAGUACUUUGUAUCUUUAGAAUCAAGCCCGCCAGAAAGUAGAACAUUUCUCUUAAUUAUUAUUUUUUAAAAUCAGAAUUUGUGCUCAGUUCUUCGAAAACAAGACCUCCCUUGGCUUGGAGUAGUAUAUGACACUAAGCCCUGUGACCUUCUCUGCAGGAAGUCCCCUUGAGUUCAUCUGGACCUCUUUCUGAGAAAAGCUUCAUAGGUUUGCACCAUAAAGCUGCCUUCGCAGGCAUAUUUACGUAGGAGUUAAUGCAACGGAGCAUAGCUCCAAGUUUUGAAUUAGUUUAGACAGACCAAGCUGCAUGUUUAGUUGCUCCCUUAUACUUAGGUGAACCAAAGAAAGAAAGGUGGAAAGAGCAGCUGCCCUGUGUUGGUGGUGGUUGUAAUCCUGUAAAAUGCCAAAGCCCAUUUAUUGUGCAGCCAUUACAGAAGGAAAACGUCGUAUGGCCAGAAUGUAAUAUAUUCUGAUUUGGGUCCUAGCGUCUUUUUUUGUCUUCUUCUUUGAUGCUUUGCUAAAGCAACCCCCAAAUGACCCUGACUAUGAAACAGUGCUAUCCCUCACCCUUGCCCAUUUGUUUCCACAAGCUUUCCCAAGAGUAAAAAUGCAUAGUAAAUAAAACAGCUGCCGCUGGUGAGAGAUGUAUUUUAAGCACUGCAGUAUCGGAAUAACAACUGUGGCACAAUGCAAAUCUUAGCUUCAGUGAUUCCACUUCAGAUGAAAUUAUGAUCUGCCUAUUUGUACAUUACACAGAAGCAAGGAAGGAGCAACUCCAUCAGAUUCCUACUAUUAAAAGCACAAGGUCUUGCUUUUCUGAGACUUCCUCAUCCAGAAUGUAUCGCUGGUAUCUUAAUCUUAGCUAAUUCAUUUGUAGUAGCUGCAUCAGUAGGACUGCAAGCUGCAGGAAAUGCUUGGGACAUGCAGCAUUUAUAGUGAUUUAAUCUGAUUUGCUAAACAAUUCGAUCAUGAAAUUUGUGAGGGAAGCCAGGCCCUCCCGAAUAGCUGAUUUUAACAUAAUGGCCAUGUCCAUCCACUGUAGCUUCCCGCCUAAGAUUUGGAAGGGCUCCGUGGCAGUAUUGAAGGCACCGAUAUCUAAAUUCCAAGGAGGGUCAGCAUUUCUGCAGCUGUAAGAACAACAAGAAAGUGAACGUCGGUCCUCAGAGACUUGGUUUGAUUGUUUAAAUUUAAGCUCUUUUGGGGAGAAUUGGUAGCUGAAUUGCCGCGUACGUGGCUGGAAGUGGUUCCGUGGAAGGAUGAGGCAGCAGCAGCAAGAGCCAAGGGAGAAAACUUUUUUUCUGCAUCUUUUUGUUGGUUGGUUGAUAAAAGUUGCAUGGAACUGAGCUGCUUAUGGGUGGGCUUUAAGUGGUGUGUCCCGAGUAGAACGUAAGUGUCAAGAACAGGAAUCCCUAAAUCCGUUGACUGAGGGGAGAGCCUGAAACCCUUGGAUAUUCCUUGGAGGGAGGGGUGGGGUUGGGGGGGGGGUAAGAUGCAUCUGUGUAUUUUAGCUGAAAAAAGUAAAAGCAGGACACUUUUAAUUGUGUCUUUGUGUAUAGCUAUCUGGCUUUCAGCCACCUGGGUGAGAGAGAAUGUUGUGUACAAAGAAUAAGUAAGGGAAGAGAAAAUUUAUUUCAUUUAAAUUAAAAGAAAUAUUAAGGAACAUUGCUAUGUCACGUUGAAGAUGUAAAAACAAAUAUUCAGAACAAACUAAUUUGAAAAAGUUUUGUUUUUAAAAUAAAAUAUCAUGACUUUUUUUGUUAAAUUAAGUAUGUUGAAAAAGAUGUUUGAAUGUGUUUUAUAAAACAAUGCCUCUUGAAUUUAUAUUUAAUUGUUAAUUUUAUCCAUGAGUAACAAAAAUGUAUUAAUCAGAAUAAUCUGUAUCAGGGAAAAAGGUUUUUAAAUUUACAGUUUGUUUUCCACCGUUUAAUACUGACUUUCAAUGUGACAACUUUGUACAUGAACAUUACAGUAUUUUGUUUCCGUAAACUUAAAAAGAAAAAACAAAUAAUACCAACCUCCAACCAGUGACAUUUCCACCUAGGAUAAUAAAUAUCUGACUUCCGGGGUGGGAGUGAUAUGAUGUCAUGACAGUGUCAUGUGAUAAAUUUAUUUCAUUAACAAAUUGCUAGCAAUUGUGUAUACUUUAUUUCCCCACGUUUAUACAGUAUCCUUCAAAGAAGAUGCAGGACGUCUUGGCCAGCCCCUCCCGAGAAGAGGAUGCUGGCAGUGUAGGCCAGCCCUAGCAACCAAUGCUUUGGAGCACAGAGCUGGUCCAGACACAAGGCAAGAUGUGUGACCAUCUCAGGUAGCGAUUUUUGAUCUUGACUACCAUUCAGGGUGGAGAUUGGGAGAGAUCCUGGCCAAGCAGGAAGAGUCAGAAUCCUCCUAAUAAGCAGGCCUCAUUUGGAGGGAAUGGGAGUUGCCGUGAUUUUGGCUCAACUCCCACUAAGCCAAUGUGGGUUGUGUAAGAGCACAGCCCAAUGGAUUGGACCCCACGUUAAUUAAUAUGGGUCCACAUACAUAUUGUUUUGGGGACUUUCCAUCUCCAGUAUCCAGAUGUCUUGUGCCAACUCUGCUGAUUAAUUAAAAAAAAAAUGUUAAGCAGAUGCAAAGAUUAAGCAGUUAGAAACAUCUUGCCGGUGACACAGACCACUCUUAAGCUUCUGUCAUCUCUGUAAUGCUGGUAUAAAUGUCAGGCUGUUUCCAAGUUACAGCUUAAAUGUUGGGCAACUCCAGGUUCUUAAGACCUUGGCCUUUUCUGUUGUUUCUGAGCUCCCCUUUGCUUUCUGUCCAAUCCUCAUCCUGUUAGCCAUGGGUUACAUUCCUGGGGGAAGACAUGGGGACCCGUCAGAGCAGAAAUGGUUCGUUUAGAGCAGCGUUUCUCAACCUUGGCAACUGCAGGAUCUGUGGACUUUGAUGCCCUGCAUGCCGGCUGGGCAAGUCUGGGAGUUGAAGUCCACGCGUCUAAAAGUCUCUGAGAAACCCUGGCUUAGAUCAUUGGUAGAAACUGACCUAUCUUACCUGCUAAAAAAUAUUUCGCAUUAAUGCACUCUCUUGAAGCAGCAGUCGUGGAAAUGGUGGCUAGGCUGUUUGCAUCUGCAUACAGAUUUAGUUGAUCCUGAGCCUAUUUUCAAAUAGCUAUCAGAAUCUCAUGAGUCAUUAGUUUCUCCCAAGUAACUCCUGCCUCUCCAAGACGUUUUCCCAGGAGGCUCUCUUGGUCUUAAAGAGCUUUCCCCAUCAUAAUGCUGAUUCUUAGGAAGCUCCAUCAAACUCCAAAACUUCUGGAGUAACUAUAUUGUCCCAAGGUCUCCAGGGCCAUUCCAAAAAAUCACGGGGGAGAAAAUUAAAUAUAUCAAAAGAGUUCCCAUCAACAUUAGCUUUCAUUUAACUGUAUUUCAAUAGAAUAGUUUCUUGGGCCCCAAUCCAUUUUGGAAGUGAAAUCCUUGAUAUUCCAUUCCAAGGCCUGGUAAACUAACCCUCCGCCCUCCCCCCAACUUUUAGCUGUCAAGCAGAUAAUCAUAACUUGCAUUCGAUAUGCACCUGCAUUCCAAAGCAAUGCAAUUCAUCUCGGGGUGUGUGUGAGACAGGCCAGCACCAAAGGAGCUUCUUGUUUUGUUUGUGUUUCCCCCGCCCCCAGUGGCCUUCUUGAAGAACAUAACCAGUCCUUAAGACCACCAGAAGGUGGUCUUAGGAGUAAUUCUCUGCAGAAAAUAGGGGCUUUGUUUUUGUUUUGCACGGUGCCUGUUGCAUACCUAGAGAACCUCGCUGGAAAAUUUCUUAACUGGUCUGGACAGAGGUUAGCCAACCUGCUGGGGCUUCGUCUUUUGCAGUCUAGUCCCUUUGUCCUUUGCGAGGAGGCCACCACGGGCUAGUCAGCAUUUUGCUUCUGUCCAUCGGUCUCUGCCGUUGCCAUGCUGGGCUGCUUUUAAGUAUUGAGAAUUCAUCUCCAGCAAUAUCCAAAGCACUCCUGUUUGGUUAUGAAUUGUGGCUGUGGUUAGUCAUUCAUACAUAUUUGAUAGCAGAAAAUUGGUUACCUUGUGUAUCAUUCAGCAUCUGUUCAAGUAAACCAUCUUGCUACUGAUUUAAACUAGAGUGCAUUUCCUCCCCUCUGUUCAUAACAAUUUUUGCUGUAACAAACUCUUGUUUUUUAGACAGUGGGAAUCUCUCUCUUUUCAUGAGUUUUCUUUGAAUGACCUUAGCUACACAAUCUCAUGUUACAUACCAAGUUGGGUUUUUUCUUUGAGGUGUGUAGUUUGGUUUCUUUUAUUGAGAUUUUUAUGGAUUUUGUUCUGUUUUAUUUUUUCCUAACAAUUGCUUUAUUAAACGUUAAAAUAUUUAAAAAUAUGUAAUAUUUGGACCAGAUGUUGUGAAUAAUAGUAGAUAAAAGCUAUUUUAUUCUGUAUUUUUAAAAGCUGUUCAGUAUAAAUAAAAGUUGACAUAGAUGCAA